CUUUGACACGUACAUACACAAUGAAGGAUGAAAGUUUACCAAUUAGUGGUGUAUGCAAAACAUCAUGAAUGUUUGAAUAUUUGUUAAAGUCAUAAUUCAUAGCAUUCGAAAAAACACACAGUACCUUCGUUUGCAUCCCCUUAAUUGAUGGAUCGCAUACCACCAUUCCCUAUCCCUUGGAGGAACAUAAUCAUAGAUCCCAAAGUACUAUACAAUUCUGAUGAAUUUUGGCAGCAUCUAGUGUCCUGCGAAAAUAGUACAGCAGAAUCCUUGUCUUCCUUGUGGAUUACACUAUACAAGUUUGAUCACCAAAACCGGAACCGAAAACUAUGGUUUCCAUGUAAAUAUUUCAGUCUAAAUGCUGCUUCUCUCACAGUGAUAGCUGUUGCUGUAAAGCUGCCCAUGGAUCUAACUAAUCUAAUGCCGGGUUAUGUGGACCAGGCUGCAAAGCUCGGAAGCCUUGGCUUUAUGUGCACAAUGAUGGCUAACAUAUUGCCUUCUUUAGCAACCAUGGACAGCAAGGAACUUGUGACAAACAUCAUAGCUUUAGGUGUUUUGGUAAUCACCUUGGUUGUGAAUGUUUGUAUUCAAAUAAACACGGGAAGUCUCACUUAUCAUGUAGAUGAGACCGGGUCCUUUCUGGCUUUUGAUAAUGCAUUUGUUACAGCCCAGGGCUUCAUACCAAUCGCUUAUGUUGGCGUGUUACUCAUGUUGCUGAUGAUAUAUGCAUGUUCAUCUUUAGCAAUUCUCAAGUCCAAACAGAUUCUAGAAUCAAAAUACCAAGCGGCUCAUCAAGAGAUGGAAGAACCACAGAGAUUAACUGUUGAGAAGCUAAAGCAGCAUGUGAGAAACUAUUGGAUCAUGGCAGGAACUGGAAGCCCCCAAUUCAUGACAGCUUGCUCUGCUACAACCUCAGCUUCCGGGGUAAUAUGUGCUUUAAGCACUGUUUUGCACAUUCAUAUUUUGCUUUCCAAUAUCAGAUCUCUAAGGGACUAUAAGUCGGAUUAUAAGUGGUCAAUGGUAGUAAUUCUCAUAAUACAGAUUAUCGGAACCAUACUGGGUACAAUUGCUCCACUUGCUAGAUGUUUUGCAACCUUAAGCUAUAAGCUGUCCAUAAAAUGGAUUUGGAACCAUAUCAAAGUCUCUAAAGUAGAAAGCUACUGGACUCAAAAGUUAUCUGAGUGGAAACAAAGUAACAUACCAUUCCCAUCAAGUAGCCGCAAAUGUAAGAUUUUCAUCCAGAAUUUAAAAAUCCUAAUUCUCAGCAGUUGCAUAGAAUUUCAGAAGGCUGUUGUGGUAGCGUGCAAGAUGAUAGCGGUGAUUCCAAUUUUAUCUGUGAUAUGUACCUUGUAUUGUUUCCAUCGUUGGAAGUGGGUUAGAGCCAUGUUUAGCGACUCUGGUACUAUAGUAGAAAUGGUCAUUCCAGAUCCUCCGCAACUAGGAAAAGAUAAGGAUCUUAGUCGGUAUGUUUUGCAACUUCAAGAUGACAUGGAGUUUGCUGGGAGAACAUUGAAAAGCAUAUCAAAGUCGCUCAACUGCUUGAUCCGAAAAGCCAAAAAACAACAACCCAACAAUCUUAUGAAGCUUCUAACAGGAUCUACAAGUUUUCCAGGAGUUGAAAAGUUUGAUUGCGUUCCAGCUUUGCUUUCAGAAGAAUAUCUCGGCUGUUGGAGCUUGCCGUUAGUAAUUCUGACAACUAUCGCCAUGUCUCUUCCUAACAUCCAAAACAACAUGCUUGAUUGCUUGCUGAGUAGUGUGAGUGAAGGUCUUGUAUAUGUCACGCUUGUGGAAGAAAGCCUCAGGAGUGUAACCAGUGACCAGGUAAGCAUUCAAACGGAGGCUAAAACUUUGUGGCUAGAAAUUGAAGUCUAUCACAAAUGGUUAGGAAACAAGCUGCCUAAACGUGCUCCUCAAGGCUGUACGAGCACAGCAGGACAGAUUCUUCAACUAUUGAUGGAUACAGCUAAAAACAUGGUCACUGAUCAGGUGGAAAGUAUGGAUAUUGGAAAUCGAAAUGAUAAUUCCAAAUGCAACUAUAUUUCUGCCAAAUCAAUGUAUAGUAUCACCGAAACCAUCCUGCUUUCCUACCAUGCCGACAUCAAUCAGGUUAGCCAAGAGGAACUAUUUGAGAAGUUAUCAUCCAUGAUUACUAACAUAUUGGCUUCAUGUCUCAUCAACUUACCCCAAGUCAUAGUGAUGAAAUGCCAUACAAGUGCCAUAGAGAAAAGGGAGGCAAGUGUUCAUGCUGCAACCCAACUUCUAGGUGAGACUAUGAGGAUAAUCAAUACCCUUCAAGAUCGUCAACUUCAGAGAUUGAAUCUAGACAAGUUGCCAUAUAUCGAAAAGUGGCCAUGUUUAUUUAAAGCAUCAUUUUUCUUUAAAAACCAUUCCAUUCUUCAAGUAACCACAUAAGUUCAUAAAGAUUUGUUGCUCUCUGUUUCAUAAGUAGCAGAUCAUGUACUUGUUUAUUUUCUUUUAUUAUGUGUUGGUUUUAAUA